AUGAGUCUGCACGCUUUUGAAGUCCACAACUGUUUGACUUCUUCAUGCCAGGCGCCUGUACAUGAAGCUGUCGGUUUUUUCAAAGGUGGAAAAGGCGUAUUGCCAGUUGGCAAGGUGGAUGUUGCACCAGAAGGAAACUUGCAAGAGGCGGGAAAGCUACUAGGAGCUCCUGGUCUUACUGCUAGGGGCACGGACGCUACUAGGGGCUCCUGGCAGGUUUUGGAGCACCACUCCCACGACCGAGUGGACGCUUGGAGCAAAGGGAACAUGGGAGGAGACAGAGGACAUUCUCCACCACCGUCAGACGAGGAGUCUGCUGGGCCCAGUACCGCGCCAGUUCCUCCCAGUGGAUCCUCCAUCACGCAGGCGGCGCUGGCGGCCCUGCAGCGCUCUGGCCUUCAGCUUGCACCCCAGGAUAGGAAGCCCAGCCAUCCUUCAGCAGCGCCCAAGGCCUUUGUGAAACAGUGGACAGAGGAAGAUUCUGAAGAGGACUGGGAGGAGCAUCAAGACUCUUGGAGCGACCGAAGGUGGAAAGGAGACGAGAGCCAGCGGCCACAGCGGGACAGCUGGGACACUUGGAGUGAGAACGAGACGUGGGAGGAUGAAGCGGACUCCAAGCAGAAUUGGGAGACUGAAGAGGCUGAGACCUGGGAAAGAAAGACGUCGAGCUGGGAGUCAAGACCCAAAUCACCUCGGUCAGAGGGUUGGAAGUGGAACCGAGAAGAAGUCGCUCAGACUCAAGGCGAUUCGGGUCGCGACCACCGCGACCACCGCGACCGCGAAGUCUGGGAGGACUGGAGUUGGAACGAGACGGACUCGAAGGACUCGAAGGAGUGGAAGGAAUGGAAGGACGAUCGAUGGGAAUGGAGAAGUGGAUCGAGGCACAGGGAAGAUGAGAAGUGGGAGCAAGACGAACGGGAUGAUGGAAGGUGGAAGGAGAGUGAUCGUCAGACUUGGAAGGAAGAGAAAGACGAUGAGAAGUGGGAGGAGGUCAAAGAAGAGGAGGUGUGGGAGAAAGAAGAAGCUGACAAGUCUUGGAACGAAGAAAAGGACGAAGAAAAGUGGGAAGUCGAGGAAGAGGAGGGGAAAGAACAGGAGAAAUUGGAGGAAGAGAGGGAAGACGAGCAGUGGGAAGAAGGGGCAGAUGAAAAGACCUGGAAGAAAGAGGAAGAACAUAAAACAUGGGAGGAGGCUCAGGAGGCUGAGGAGGCUGAGGAGGCAAAGGAGGCAAAACAAGAUGAGCAGCUAGAGGAACAGUGGGAGGAAGAGAGUGAAGACGAGGAAGAUUGGAACUGGGACACCCGUGCUCCUGACGUCAAAGAGGCCGGGUCUCUCGACACCUGUGGACAUGAUGCCCCAAGGUGGACACUUCAAACAUAG